ACUGAAUAUGACUUUAGCCUAUGAGGAAUCCUCUUAUCUGUUAAUUACUAAGCAUCGUUGCUACAAUCUCAUUUGGAGGUAUCUAAUUGGAAGCCCUACGCCUCGAUUACCUUGAGGUAGGCUAGAUGCAACAUGUCAGAGGCCAAAGCCCCAACUAUAAAAGGCUUGCCAUCUACUUAAAAUAAAGGCUUCUUGAUUUAUUCAUCAGCAAAGUUAAACCUUUUAACCAUGUCUACCUAUCCCGAAACCUUCCAAGGCUAUGCCGUUGGCAGCAGUGUCAACUGGAACAAAGCCAAGCUCACCUCCUUCCCUCCGAAAGCCUUCGAGGCCAACGAUAUCGACAUUGAAAUUGAAUGCUGUGGUGUUUGUGGCUCUGAUGUCCACACCGUCAGGGGUAACUGGAGCGAAUUAAAGAGCCUGGUUGUGGUGGGCCACGAGAUUGUGGGUAAGGUGGUCAGAGUUGGACCUAAUGUCACUCACUACAAGCUUGGUGACCGUGUCGGUGUGGGUGCCCAAGCCAAAUCAUGCUUAGAAUGUUCUCGUUGCAAGCGCGAUAAUGAGCCAUACUGUAAAACCGCCGUUUUCACAUAUAACUCGGCCUACCCUGACGGAUACAUCUCCAAGGGUGGUUACGCCUCGCACGUCAGAAUUCAUGAGCACUUUGCGUUCCCAAUCCCGGAGGGUAUCAAGUCUGAACAUGCUGCUCCAUUGAUGUGUGGUGGUUUGACCGUCUACUCUCCGUUGAAAAGGUUCUUGGACCAAGCCCGUGAGGCCAAUAAGAAGUACGGUGACACCGAGGUUACCGUUGGUAUCAUUGGGAUUGGUGGGUUAGGCUCUAUGGCUGUGCAGCUCGCCAAGGCUAUGGGUUACACCAAAGUUUACGCCAUCUCCCGUGGUACCUCCAAGAAGGAGGACGCUUUGAAGUUGGGUGCUGAUGGUUUCGUCGCCACCGCUGAAAAGGACUGGGCCAAAUCCCACCAAGACACUUUUGAUUUCAUUUUGAACUGUGCUUCUUCAAUCUCCAACUUGGACUUGAACUCUUUCCUCUCCGCUAUGAAGUUUGGGGGUACCUUCACGUCUGUCGGGUUGGGUCCUUCUGAUGAAUCCUUCAGUGUCUCUCCAGGCUCUUUCAUCAGAAAUCGCUCCAGUAUGGGCUCCUCUGCCUUGGGCUCCCGAGCUGAGUGCAUCGAGAUGUUGGAGUUGGCAGCGGCCAAGGGGGUUACUCCUUGGAUCGAGGAGGUUCCUAUCUCCGAAGCUGGUGUCAACGAGGUUUUGACUAAGUGUGAGAACGGUGAUGCGAGAUACAGAUACUGUUUGACCAACUUCCAUGAAGCGUUUAAGACAGGAGAGCACAAGUUGUAACCGGUGGUUGAGGCAUAUUUCAUGGAUAUUAGUAAUUAAUAACUAUGAUAAUCAGUUUUGUGUAGAUAUGGAUAUCGUUUGGGGAGGCAAAACUUUUAUACGGUGAGGAAAAGCCGGGACAUACGUGAUAUAUAAUGU